AUGGCAGAGAGCAGUCCUUCUAUCUUGGACCUCUCGGACCGCCCGGAAUCCCCCUCUCAACUGAUUGGCAGGCGCAGAAACCGCCUCGUGAACAUCAUCAAGCAGAACGACCUCCCUCGACUCCGUCAAUUCAUCGCCUCGUGCUCUCCAGAAGAUGUGAUCGCCCCUGGGACACCGUAUUUGGAGGACACCUUGUUCAAUGCAGCCUCCUACGGCAGUCCCGAGGCUCUUCACAUCCUCUUAGAGGCGUACACUGCGGCGCCGGAAGUUGUCAAGAGGUUCAACCCCAAGUUCCGUCUGCUGCUUGACGCAUGUGAGAAUCGGUUACCGCUUGGGACGGUGGAUUUGCAUCAGAGAGAUGACUCCGGAGCUACGCCGAUCCUCUCGGCUGCGGGGUCGCUGAUGUAUCUUGACAGAGACGCAGAUGAAGUAGAAGAUGAGGGUCUUCCCUGGGCUGAGUGGGUUCGGGAUCGCAUUGCGAAGAGCCAUCAGUUGAUUUAUCUCCUUCUCGACCGGGGCUGUUCAGCGACAGAUGUUGUUCCCCCUUUGCCAAAUGAUCUCUCUUCCUGGGGAAGUCAGGUACAAGAAAGUGUGCUCGGGCUUGCUGUGUCGAGGGCCAAUGGUCCAUUAAUUCAACGGCUCAUUGACUCCGGUGCCGAUAUCUACCUUAAGCAUCAACACUUCCAUCAUGCCAGGGUGCCGUUCCAGUUCAGGACCACAAAGGAUCACACGUAUGAUGUCACGGCGCUCCAUCUGGCAAGUUUAUUCUACCAUCCCGAUGCUGUUAGGUUGCUCUUGGAUCAUCAACCUUACAAGGACAAUACCAACCCUGACCUGACUUCCUCUUGUGACAGUGAUGGGCGACUCCCACUGCAUUGGGUAGCUAGCGGCCCUGGAGGUUUCAACUGUAGACUCCUGGAUAAGCAGCUCAGAAUCACAGAGACCCUUCGACUGCUCCUUGACCAUGAUUCGGCUGGUAUCAACCGUGCUGACAACACUGGAUCCACGCCGCUGCACUAUGCUGGUUUAAGCCACGCUAUGUGCGGUUGUAGCCAGCACGCUGAGCUUGCUAUCCGCACUUUACUCGAAUACGGGGCUGACCCCCGGAUCCCCGAUGGCUCUGGCUGUACCAUCCUACAUCUAUUAGGGUACCACUCCCAUCAAGGUGACCCCGUGGAGACCACACUCCUGGAUUUAAUCCUGUCACACGGUGUCAAUAUCAAUCAUGCCGAGAAAAACGGGAAAACAGCAUUGCACGUCUUUGCUCGGAAUCUGCGGCAGGUCUCGGCGGCAAAGUUCUUAAUUGAGCACGGGGCGGAUUUCCGGGCUCGGAACACUCUCCGGGAGACGCCCUUUCAUGCGGCAGCGCGGGGGUUUUUGAAUGAUCAUGUACGCCGUGAUGGGAGAGAUAAGGAGGUGACGACUGAGAACAAGAUCAGGCUUCAGGAUGAGAUGAUGCGUGUUCUGCAGGAGGCUGCCCGGGAGGAUACUGCUAUGUUGAUGAGCCAACCAAAUGCGGAGGGUAAAACUCCGCAGGACUUACUGGAGGAGACCAGAAAUUGGUGGCAGGGAAGGGAGUAG